GUAAAAAAAAAUUUAUCAAAUAUGAAGUUGGCUUGUUUUGUGUUAUUCGCUUUUUUGGCCACAGCUCUGGCCAAUGAGUCGGCCAAGGUGAAAAUUGGUAUCAAGAAGCGUGUGGAGAACUGCACGAGGAAGGCCAAAAGUGGUGAUCUGGUCCAGGUGCACUACAAGGGUUCGCUGCAGGAUGGGACAGAGUUCGACAGCAGCUACUCUCGCUCCACUCCGUUUUCGUUUACACUGGGCGCCCGCCAAGUCAUCAAGGGCUGGGACCAAGGCCUGCUGGGCAUGUGCGAGAGUGAGAAGCGAACGCUGACCAUUCCGCCCGAGUUGGGCUAUGGAGCAACCGGAGCUGGUGGCGGAAAGAUACCGCCAAACGCCGUGUUAGUCUUUGACGUUGAAAUGGUCAAAAUAGAGCCACGUUCCGGAUCUGAAGAGUUGUAGAAUAAAAACCAUGGGAGUCCACCUAAACACAAAGAAAA